CAGACUGCCUCGCGCGCGCGCCGGCAGUUCGGCCACGUCCCUGGCCACGUCGCGCCAGCUCUCGCCAUCUUCGCCGCUUCCUCUUAGGGACCGCAGCCGCCGCCUGAGCCGCCGAGCCCCGGGGCAGCCGCGCUGCGCCGACCGCCGCCGUCAUGAACAUCUUCCGGCUGACCGGGGACCUGUCCCACUUGGCGGCCAUUGUCAUUCUGCUGCUGAAAAUCUGGAAGACGCGCUCCUGCGCCGGUAUUUCUGGGAAAAGCCAGCUUCUGUUUGCACUGGUCUUCACAACUCGUUACCUGGAUCUUUUUACUUCAUUUAUUUCGUUAUAUAAUACAUCUAUGAAGCUUAUCUACAUUGCCUGCUCCUAUGCCACAGUAUACCUGAUCUACAUGAAAUUUAAGGCUACCUACGAUGGAAAUCACGAUACCUUCCGAGUGGAGUUUCUGGUGGUCCCUGUGGGAGGCCUCUCAUUCCUAGUCAAUCAUGAUUUUUCUCCACUUGAGAUUUUAUGGACCUUCUCCAUCUACCUUGAAUCAGUGGCUAUCCUCCCACAGCUCUUUAUGAUUAGCAAGACUGGCGAGGCCGAGACCAUCACCACCCACUACCUGUUCUUCCUGGGCCUCUAUCGAGCUUUGUAUCUUGUCAACUGGAUCUGGCGCUUCUACUUUGAGGGCUUCUUUGACCUCAUUGCUGUUGUGGCCGGCGUAGUCCAGACCAUUCUAUACUGUGACUUCUUCUACUUGUACAUUACAAAAGUACUCAAGGGAAAGAAGCUCAGUUUGCCAGCGUAAGUGCCAAAGACCAUCACCAGCAUCUGUCCUUCAGGGUGCUCGGACAGAAUUCUUACCACAGCAAAGGCAUAAGAUGCUUGAUACGGAAAAACAGAAACUUAACUCUUUUGUUGCAGAUAGUCAUCAGUGGCUCUGUAAGAACACAGAGGAAAAGAACCAGAAGGUUUCUGUUUAAUGCAUCUUGCCUUAUCUUUUUUUAUUACUAUGUACAAAGAUUUUUUUACACAAAGAAACUUAAUGCUGUAUUAAUAAAUUCAGUGUGUAGCUUCAAUUGGAAUAGUUCUAAAAGUGAAGAUUUUGUGAGGAAUAAGUGCAAACUUUUUUUUUAUUUUAAAAAAUUCUCUGACAUUGUUGAGUCUUUGUGUCUGCAAUGAAAUUGUACUCCUUGACAGUUGGUAGAUUAUAUAUUCUUCCAUCUAUCAAACUUGCAUUCCACUAUAUUUAUUUUUUGCCAAAAGAUGAGUUAUAUUUGUUUGAAAUCUGAGACACUAUGUUCAAUUCGGUAAAUCUGUUCAAAUUUACUCCUACCUGACAUGGAAAUCCUUCCUUGAACAUCAAACACUACAUUUAAGGUCGGUAAGGAUGACUUGCAAGCCUUAUGGUUUUCAUUACCAAAAUUUUAAGAUUCUGAAUGUAGAUGGAGUCUCAUUUAAGAGUCACCAAAGGUGCCUGCCCUCCUUCCCUGGUGAGACGUGUCAGUUGAGACUGUCCUGAGGGUACUGAAGAAUUCAGUGGGCAGGGGUGCUGGCCACUUGCCAUCUGAGUGUGGGGCAGGAGGGACAUUAAUGAUAUAUUUUGGAUAUAGGACUCUACUCCUCUGAGGACAUGAACACAAGUUCACUUUAAUUUACAGUAAUUUACAAAAGAUUACUACAACCAUGCCCAUGCUCAGAUUCAAACAGUUUUUCGUAUCAUUUUUGGGUAGUAAAAUGAUUUAUAAUGUUUUUUAAUUGGCAGCACCAAUUACCAUUCCUUAUAUUCUUUCUUUUUGUGUUUUUUUUGUUUUUGUUUUUUUACUGAGCUCUUGCAUGACUUACCUUGUGUUACCAUCCUAAACAAACAUUAAACACAGAAUAAACUGUCUUUUUUAUGAAUUAGGCUUUUGGAACAUCCUUUGUUGGGAUGAUUUUUUGUUUGUUUUUCAAUUGGCAACAAAAGCUCCAUAGGGCUACAAACAUUUAAAGUCCACUUCCUCUGUAAAGCUUUCUGUAUUUUGUGAAAAUAUUAGAAUUUUUUCCUCCUGAUUUUGCCAUUAUAUUGAUUUGCUACAUUUUUUGAUUUAUGCAAAAGGCUGACUUCGUUUUUAUGUGAUGCACCAUAAAUGUUAAAGUGUUGAAUACUAACAGUGCUUACUACAAGAAGGAUCUAGUAUUUUUGCUUUCUGCGUUAAAACAUCUUGUGGAGGAAGGGAGCAGGAUGGGUUUUAUUUUUAUACAGCGUGUGUCUUAACAUCUUUCCAAAUUGGCAGUGUAACUGCAUAGUUUAACCUCCCAUCUUGUCUCCCUCAUUUUACUUUUCCCCCCUUGCCUCAUGUUUAUGCUUUUGUGUGCCAGAGUAUCUUUUGUUCCAGCAUCCUAGUCUUCGUUUAGUUUCUGUGGUCUGUUUUCAUCAUCCUUGAGAGAUUCUGAGAGUGUGGAAGGGUGGAAAGUCCAGUCGCAGUAAGUCGAUCAGACUGCUUGCUGCCCAGACUGGGGGUAGGGGGGGAGGCUCACACCUGUCUUUGUGCACGUAAAGGUCAAAUGCAAGCUGGGACCGUUCAUUGAAGAGCACCAUGCGCAGAACAGGAUCUGGAACCUCAGCAUAUCGAUGGCAUCUGUAGCCAUUCUACUGAAGUAAAAAUAAAACAGGCAUAGUUGUUACCACCAUUCUCUGGUCAACCAGGAUGACAUCUUAAUAACAAGGGUGCCCGAGUUGCAGUGUGGGACUAGGCCAUAUCCUGGCCAGUUGGAAACAGAGGCCUUGUGUGACACGCCUUAUGAAGCACUGUUUCAUAGUUACUUUCACUUCCAGAAUAAAGGUUACCAGGUAAUGAA